CCAAGUCCCUAAGUUCUCAUCCACAACAAGUUCUCUUUGCUUAGAAAUCAAUAUCAAUCCCAAUUUGCAAACAGUUUGUGUUUCUUUGAUUCUCGAUUCGAAAAUGGCGCAUUACCAGAGCGAAUACCCCACAGAGUCUCCCACAGACGAGUACGGUAACCCCGUUACCCGCACUGACGAGUAUGGCAACCCGAUUCACCACGGCGUGACCGGAGCAACCACCGGGCACGGCAUUCCUGGCACCACUCACGUCACCGGAACCGGCUAUGGAACUCACGGUACGACCCCGACUAGCACACCUUAUGGUGGACAGCACCAGGAUAGGGGAGUGGUGGACCAGAUGAAAGAGAAGCUACCAGGUUAUGGCGGUCACAAGAAUGAUCCCUACAGUACUACUCAUAGCACUACUACACCGGGUUAUGGCGUGGCCGGAGAGCACCGUGAGAAUAAGGGAGUGGUGGACCAGAUGAAAGAGAAGCUACCAGGCGGUCACAAGAAUGAUCCCUACAGUACUACUCAUACCUCUACUACACAGGGUUACGGCGUGGCUGGAGAGCACCGUGAGAAUAAGGGAGUGGUGGACCGGAUCAAAGAGAAGCUACCAGGCGGUCGCAAGCAUGAUCCCUACAGUACUACUCAUAGCACUACUACACCGGGUUACGGCGUGGCCGGAGAGCACCGUGAGAAUAAGGGCAUGGUUGACAAGAUCAAAGAGAAUCUACCAUGUGGUCACAAGGAUGAUCCCUACCGUACUACUCACACUACCACGACUGCUGCAACGCCUUACAGUGCUGCAACAGGGCAGCACCAUGAGAAGAAGGGAAUGAUGGACAAGAUCAAGGAGAAGCUUCCCGGUGGACACAGCACCACUCGAUGAACUGAUUAGUUUGUAAUAAACGGCUGUGGAUCAAUGCUCGUUUUAAACUAAUUGGCACCGUAUACAAAUUAAAUAACUAGUUAUAAUAUGCUCAUUCUAGUUAUGACGUGCUCUUUGUUGUCUAUCACUCUCAUUGUCUUUAUUCUUCUUUUUAUUCUACUACAAUGUACUUAUUUUGAUUUA